GACGAAUCAAUGCUCAACAGACUGUUCCUUGAUUUCCAAUGUUCAGGUCCCUUAAUAUGUCAUUAACAGUUUAACACAUUACAAAUCCUUCCCUGUAAGCAGCUGGCAAGUGCUUUGCAACAACAACACACAACCAAGUGUUCACGUAUUUUGUUAGAGCUAAAAACACAUCCAACUUUCUGCAAAUUUCCUUAGUAUUCUUGUUGUGUUUCCGUUCGCCGGAACUGUCGUUUGUGUGCUCAUUCAUGUGGGAACCAUGCCACUACUUUUGGAUUUCGAUUGAACCGCGGUGCAGGACUUUUGGUAGUUUCCUUUCUUAAUUGGUUGUUGAGCCCAAAAUUUCAGCCCCAUUAACGUGCAUUUGCCUACAGAUGCGUGUCUUUUUAAAAAUCACUUUCUAGUCGUAUUUGAGACCUACUUUGGUUUCCAACAUAAAUAAAUCUCUGAGAAAUGCAAACGGUCUUCAUUGCUCUACAAUGCUGCCAAUGCUGCACCAUGCAGGUAAUAUUCCAUUCAUGUCUGUUUUCACACACAAGCGAUUGAAGGAUUGGAUCUCUCUCUCUCUCUCUCAGGUGAAGCAGAAGAAGAAGAGCAGCAACAAGUGGAUCUGCGUGGUGUGCAACCAGAAGCAGUCCCUACGCAAAGUGUUCGCUCAGGGGUUCAUGGCAAAGGAUAUUCGGAAGUUCGUCCAGAGUUUCAACAUGUCCCGCCAGCUCUCCGAUCUCCCUCAACACCAAGAGCCGCGAACCCUAGACACAGAAGCCCCCUUCCCUAGCAACCCCAACAGCAAGAGAACCGAUUGGACCGAGUACCUGGAUUUGGAGGACGAAUCAACAGAGGAGGAAAAUGAGACAAGGAUAGUGACGGAGCUUCCAAAGGCAAUGUUCAAAAGGCCCAAGUUCAGCAAUUACACUGCAGGAUCACAAUCUGACAGCGAGAAGCGUUUCCGGCCAGUCUUUUCAAAAAGGAAUGCAAAAAAACACAGCACAUUGCAGGAUGAAGGUAGCACUAACUGAAAAUGAAAGGAAAAUGUAAUUGAUAAGCAUCAGUUGAUAAUGUUAACUCUGCAGAUGUAGGACCAAUGUCAAAGAGUGCUCUUGAAUGGGAAGAUGGCACACUAGAGUCUCAAGAUACUCCGUCUUGUUGCUCUACAAAAAAGGUUGCCAAAUCAAACAUGUAUUUUGUAAACGAAGAGCCUAACAAGGAGAGUCUGGCCACAGCAGCGAAGGGAGCCAUUUCCAAGUGGAGUGAGUACUUGACAAUAGAUGAUGAUUGAUGAUGCCGGUAAAUUGGAUUCUGGAAGUGGGAGAAUGCGUACCACUUUCUAGUGAUUUAGUUUUGCUGUAAAUAGUCAAAUGGGUCCACUUUUGGGUCAGAUUUUGGUGGAUUUUGAUUCUCCUUCAGAGGAUUAAUUUGUUCUUUUUACCUAGAACAUGAUGUCAUACUGUCAUAGAAUGCUUCCAUAGUGUACUGGUACAGAGUGUUUCUUUAGCAUGCUGCAGGAGCAAGGUGACCUUUCUGUUUCACCUUUCUCAACCAUACAGCAGACCUCUCUGUUAAAGUUCUGCUUGUUUGGUUUGAGCCUUGGCCAGGUCAACGGAACCACUAUGUUGUUCAGUGAAGUGCUACCUCAAUCUGCCAU